UGUCGAUAUAGCAACAGAAAUAGUUACAAACAGACGUUGCAUACAUAUUACAUUAAUGAUUAUUUUUUUGUCGAGGACAGGGUGACUAUAAAUGGGGUCGUUUCAUCUGCUCACCAAUUUUAGUCUCAAUUAUUUUUUUAUAAUUCAAAUGUAUAUUCUUGGACAGGAUAUUUGUACAAACAUGACGACUGAAAGCACGCCCAAACUUAUAAAUACAAGUACUACAACUUUAAGAUUGAUUAAUUCUGACUCGCAAAACUACAAUUUUAUUUGGUACGUGAAGCCUAAACGCAAAGUGCAAUGCAAGAAUGUGCAAAGAUGCAACAUUAUGGCGUGGGAGGGUGCACGGAAAUUGCAAAAGUUCCUUAGCAAUUAUAAAGUGGACACCGCAAAUCCUCACAUAGUAAUAGAUAAUGAAAUGAUGAUGUCCGGUGUGGAAUAUACUUUAAAUUUAACUAUAUAUAAUGGGUCGUAUCUAAGUAAUAAAGAAUUUAUUUUACCAAUGAAUGAAACCGAGACUGAAAAUACGAAUGUAGAACAAUCUAUACAAUCCAAAAUAUUCGGUAUUAUAAGACUGGUAGGCUUAAACGAAACGUUUGCAGAUGCAGAAUAUUCGAUAAGGGCAGAAGUAGUACUAUGCGCAACUGAAGAUUUAAUAGAAUAUUCCAUUCAAUGGGAAUUGCUGGAUAAGUCUGGAAAUUCGUUAAAAAAAAUAUUAUUCACUGGGAAUACUUUAAGGCUCGAAGCAUACACGUUUCAAGCACCUGGAGAGUACAUAAUAAAUUGUACUUUAGUGUCAAAUAAUAAUUUAUUAAAUGCUAACCACAUUGUUCGUGUAUUGAGUCAAGGGUUAAUGCUCAAGUUGAACACAAAAAGUUUACUAAUUGGCACUGACGAGUCCAUAAAACUCAUUGCAUUUGUAAACGACCUGGAUCACAAAAAGCCUACAUUUAACUUAGAAUGGUUUUGCAAUUAUAACGACGAGCCAUGCAAUUAUUUCGAAGUAAACACUGCAGUUAUGGAACUUGACGAUGGUUUUUUAGAACCCGGAAGAUACGAUUUAACUAUUCAUGUUUCUAAUGAAAAUUCGGAGAAAAAUGAGACUUGUCGAGUUAUAAUUUCUGACGAUGUAAAUAGAACGUUGGAGCUUAACGAAAUUAAGGAUAUAAUAAAUCCUACAGAAGUCCUUGAAAUUGUUGCGAAAAUUUCUAAGUUAAUAACUGGUUGCUUAGUAAGCUGGGAAUCUCUAACAGAAGAUACAUAUGAAUCACUAGAUUUGGAGGCAAUGCCCGACUUCGAAGGUGUGAUAAAUGUGACAGUCAAAGAUGACGCAUUUCUUGAUGAAUUGGUUGAAUUUAGCAACGAUACAAUCGAUAAAGAAUAUUCAUUAAUUAUUCCUCCAAAAACAGACAGUUGGGAGGGUUUGAAAGAAAACGCAAGCUAUUUGUUUAGAUUAAAUGUUAGUUGUCCUACUUCGAUCGCCAAUGAGUUUGAUUUGGUUCAAGCUGAAUUCGAGAUAACCACUGAUUGGCUUCCUAAGGUGAAAUCUUUUACUGUUCAACCAGAUACCGGUGAAGCCUUGAAAACAAUGUUCAAGUUUUCAGCUAAAACCGAACAACCUAAUUUAUUUUUGUCAUUCGGAUACCAUCUAAACAAUUUCAGUUAUUAUUUCCAUACUGUUGGAGGCGUCGAUGCUGAAACGUUUUUACCAUUUUCAGAAACUGGAAUACAUAGUAUUUUAAAAGCAUGCAAUUCUCGUAAAACUUGUUCCGUGAUAGAUGGACCUAUAAUUCAAGUAAGGAAACCGGAUAUCAUUGCGGAAGCAGACCUGACCAAAUUUAAAUCAGGUUUCUCACAAUCUUUAUCUGACGGCGAUUACAAAGAUGCUUUCAUAUCGGCUACAAAUUACUUGACAACAAUUAAAUCUUUUGACAAUGACUUAUUGGUUAAGGAUAUAGAGUCAUUUACCACGGAUUCGAUAGAUGCGGAAAUUAAUUUGCUCAUUGAGAAAGAAAAUCUGGAGAAGUCGAUUGGAAAUACGCUAAUUAAAGAAGUAAAAGAUUUCUCCAGAAUCGUCAAAUUACCUGAAAACGUAUUGCUUAGCCUUGUUAAGUUGCGUGGUAAACUGGCCGACGAAAUGCACGCUAAAAUCGUGACUGACUAUGAAUCGUACAACCUGAGAUUAUCAAGCAAUUCGAUCACGAAAGACAUAGACUUUGAAAAUUUUAAAGAAUACUUGGAAGUGUCCGAGUUAGUUAUAACAAAUUCCAAAGAUAAUUCGAUUAUAUCCAAUGAGAAAAAUAAUCUAUUGAAUAAUAUUGAAAAGUUUUCGGCUCAACUUUGUGCCUUUGUAUAUAAAGGACAAAAGAUCAAUAUUGAAUUAAAAACAUUUACUUUUAUAAUGGAAAAGCUGACCAGGAAUUACUUUAAAAACUACGUAGCCGUUCCGAAAGAGAACAAUGUUUCCAAAAACUUCAUGAGGAUAACUUUCAACCAGAACUGGUUCUCAGAAGUAUACGGUCAGAAGUUUUGUGUAGGAAAAGGUAUAUUUAAUGAUUAUUUAAAUAAAAAAGGAAUCGUGUAUCUGGUUAACAUUUACAAUUACAUUGGAAACGUCCCUCUACAGAAUGCAGUUAUUAUGUUGAGCUCGCAACCGAAACAAAUUUGUUCCGUUUAUACAAAUCACAUGUGGGAAAACUGUAGUCAUAUCCACUUUAAUGGAAAAGAGCAUUUUUGCGAUUGCCGCAAUCUUGGUUAUUACAGAUUAAAAACAAUAGAGGAUAAAAAUGAUGAAAUUGUUGAAGCGAGAUCAACCUUGAGACACGAAUUUGACAUCCGGACGACGGCAAAAUCGCCAGAGCUAAUACUUAAAGCUGUUUCUGCUUUAGAUAAUGGCGACAAAAUAUCGUUGGCCGUGAUUGCGACAUCCGUUUUCGGAAUGGUAAUCCUGGCGAUCUUCGGUGUCAUUUACAACAGGGUUAAAAGGAAGCGAACCGUGGAAACCGUAGAUGUCUUGCAGUUUCCCAGAUAUGCGGAUGUAUAUCGUGAGGAUAUUUUAGAUUCAAAUUUUAAUUGA